CGUUUCUAUUGGCUCGUUGCUAAGUUAAUUGGUAAAACCAACCGGCUGUAAACUAUUUAGAUGGUGGGAUGGAGGGCGCUUGGCGGCACGCUCAAAACACAUGGAGGAUGGACUCGGGCCGUGGUGGAAGUAUUUGUAGGCAUUUCAUAAAUGGCUCUUGCAGAUUUGGUCCAAGGUGUAAUUAUCGACAUGAAUGGCCAGUUAUACCGUCAACUCAAAUAUGUAGAUACUAUCAGAAAGGUGGAUGCUGGUAUGGUGAACGCUGCAGGUAUCUCCAUGUCCUUCAACCUGGCAUUGAUGCAGCUAUUGCAGGUAGAAGAGGCUCAGUGCCUAUAGCCUCUUCCUCCUCCGGUGCGGCUCGCGCUCCACCUGACAGAAGAGGCUCGGAGCCCGCCCUUCUGCAGGCUGAGGUGAUGUCAAGGCAGGAAUGCAGCAGAUCAGCGACAUCAGACGAUAUUUCAAACACUCAAUACAACAUUGGGAGUCUGGCAUCAUGUAUUACUGAAGAACAAUCACAAGAUAAAGAUUCUCUUCUAACUGCUUCUUGGGAGUCACUCCAAAGUUCAGACGUCGCUCAGGCAGGUGCAUGUGUUGGAAUAAAUGAGCAGCAGACCUCUUCAGCUGAGACAACAGAGGACGGGGCUACUGCUGCGACCCCUAGCACCCAUGGGAAAGAGGAGGAAGUGGAGGCCUUCCUCCAGAGUAAAAAUGUGGCCUGUGGCAUCUGCAUGGACAAGGUGUACGAAAAGACAGAUCCAAGGAACCAUGUUUUUGGAAUCUUGCCAAACUGCAGCCACUCCUUUUGUUUACAAUGCAUCAUGACCUGGAGGAAAACAAAAGACCUUGGGCCGGACGUGGUAAAGAGCUGCCCACAGUGCAGAGUGAGGUCUGCCUUUUAUGUGCCGAACAAAUACUGGGUUGAAGGACAAGCAAAGGAGAGUCUAAUUGCUGCCUUCAAAGAGAAAUGCAGUAAGAAAAGCUGUAGCUACUAUGCACGACACAGAUGCUGUCCCUUCAAAACAGAGUGCCUUUAUCGACACGAUAAACCUACACGUCGCAGAUCAUUUCCGUAUCCUGCAGAAGAUGACGACUACGAUGGUGUAGAUCUGCUAAGUUUUUUCAUAGCCAUGACCCUCCUCGGUGGUGAAGAUGAUGACGAUGAUGACUUUGACUUUCCUUUUUACCUGACUGAGGAGUAUGGUUUCUGAGCUUUUUCUUUCUAUUUUUUUGUCAGUGCCUGAAACCACUGAAUGGGGCCUCAACUGUAUAUAAUUAUUGGUCCCAGGAGAACACAUAGCUGUGUUUUGACCCCUCUGUCCUCUUUGUAUUAGUAUUGAAACAACUUUUGAGUAGCCGUGAUCAGGGAUAUCACCCAUGACACCAUGGGGUGUCAAGUGUGUUCAUAUUUUUAUUCAGUCAGAUUAAAGCAGGUAGUUCAAGAGAAUCUGUGAAAAUACCUCCUGUCAUCUGGCUGGAAAUUUAGAAUGUGUACAUUUACCUCUCUGUGGCACAUGGUGUGUUAUCCCUCCUCUAGAUAUAAGCAAAGCAGAUAGAAAUUCAAGAUAUGUCCCAUCUCUAAUGAUUUUCUGUUUAAUCUGGCCUUCUACCUAAGGGUUUAUUUUACCCUCCCAUGGCCAUAGUGCUUCAAAUGUGUUGCAGAUUGUUAAUUUAACCUCUCUACUGAUUAACAUGAGUGCUCAUUUCCGACUUGUAUCCUAGCAGUUUACACCAUUUUGAUAUUUUAAAGUGUUGUGUGGAUGGUAGUUUUAAUUGUCUAAAAAUGAAAAGUGUACUGUACCCCCUCUCCUAAGGUCAACUACUGAUCAUACCUGCCUCAUGUGAUGGGAAUGACGCCUUUUUCCUGGUUUUGGCAAGAACACAAAUGUUAAGAUUUUAUUUCUUUUAAACAAGUUGUACUUGUACACAGAAAAUAAAACAUUGCUUCACACUUUGUCUCACUGAAAAA